AUGCCACCUUUGGCUGCUGGUAAUAUCCCAUCAGCCCAAGAGUUUUGUUCUAAGGUUUCAAAGGAAGACGCCCUUAGGGCAGCGGAACAGUAUAAGAUCCCUGAGAAAUUCGGGAUUAUUGCUCCCUUUGGGAAAUGGAAGGCUAGCUACCCGCCUGUUGGUUACGCCGCAGUUUAUGAGUUGCACUUUCAGUUUGGCUUAAGAUUUCCUCUGUUUCCUUUAGUUUCCGGGGUCUUGUCGCAUUACGAUAUAGCUUUAGCCCAAUUAGCCCCAAAUGCCAUGGUUUGUUCCAAGGAGUUUGUGGGAUGGUUCACUUUCUACCCCAAAUCCAAAUUUGGUGAGCUGGCAUUAAACCAGUUGGUAACUGGAAAAAAUUCUUCCAACCCUGGUUGGAAAGAGCGGUUUUAUUUGGUGCGGACUGAUGCUUUAGGAUUACCGUUGGAAUGGAAUUAUUCGAGGAAAUCUGAUCCCAUGUACGAUGAGGGCUUGGCCUCUAAUUCCUCUCUUCUUCCUGAUGUUAAGAAACUACUUGGCCUUAGCAUAUCACUAGCUGAGAUCACUGAGGAGGCUUUGGACCGUGUUAGUGCGGAGCUAUGUGGAUCACCUUCUGGGGAAUAUUCUCCUGACUUAGAUAACAUGACCCUUUCUCAAGUAGUAGCUCUGAAGAGUGCCACUGCUACUGCUACUGCUCCUCAACAAGGCCGAAGCACCGUAGCAUCUGUUUCAGAAAUGAGUAGCAAGGAGAAAACUAAUGCUGAGAAAAUAGUGAUUACUUCUCAUCAACAAAAGGAUUCACCUGCUCAUCUGUCUUCCACUGAGAUUCAGCAGUCCAAGCCUCCUGCCCCUGAAAAGAACAAGCGUUCUGCUGCUGCAGACCUUGAAUACCCAAAAAAGAAGGCAAAAGUUUUAACUCCUCCUCAAGAUGUGGAUGCCGUGGUGAACAAAUUCAUUAUCUGUGCCGAGCCCCCUUCAAUGUCUUGUGCGGGAAUGGAAUCGUUCACAAGUCUGUCUGUUGCGGGUCUGGGCAGACGUUGUUUUACUUCUCUCCCUGAGACUCUGCGAGUUGUUAAUGAACUCUAUAACCGUGCUUCCCGUGCUGAAUUGCUUGAAAAGAAACUGAAAGAAGUUCAAGCUGAGGCAGAGCAGAGUCGGCGCGACCUGAAAGAUUCUGAAUAUCAGAUGAAACUUCUUUGUGAUUGCAGUGCAGCGGAUUUACGUUGUAAGGAAGAACAGAUUUCUGUUUUGGAGAAGAAAGUCCGUCGCUUUCAAGAGGAACGGGGCGAAUUCAUGCGGUUGUACAUCCGCAAAGUAUUUCAAAGCAAGGGAUUUCUUGAUUUUGUUGCCAACUUAAUGGUUCCAGCUAAGGCUUGGGGCUGCCAUUCUGCCUUGUCAGAUCUUGCUGAUAUCCAGGAAGUUCCUUCUGAGCUACGGUCAAGCAUGGAUUUUUCUGCUGAGGAAAAGUUUAACUACAUUUUCCUGAAAGCCAUACAAGGUGAUUUGAACUUGCCUGUGGUGGAAGCAGUAGCGUCCAGUGAGGAACCAAUGACCUUGGACGAAUUGCAGUCUUUGACGGUAGACCACAAUGGUAGUGCUGACAGGGAGCCUGAUAGGGUAUUAUCUGUUGUCUAUCCAUAA